UUCCAAAUUGUAUUUCAGCUCUCUCCUUAUCUCCCAACUUUCCCGGCGGAACUCUCUCAAUGCAAAUACUGGAUAAGAUAAAGAUGCAAAGAAAAGAAUCAGAUGAACGGCCGCCUGAGCUACCAAUUUCGUGGGUUGAAAUAUCCAAUUCAAUUUCUCGUCAAUACCAAUUUCAACCUGAUGGUAAGCUAUCGGUCAAGAUGGUUGAUGACUCAAGACCAGCUGCACAGAGAUUGAUGGAAUCCUUUCUGAAUAAAUUUUUCCCAUCUGGCUAUCCAUAUAGUGUGAAUGAGGGGUAUAUGAGAUACACACAAUUUCGAGCUCUACAACACUUUACAAGUGCAGCAUUAUCGGUUUUGUCGACUCAGUCACUACUAUUUGCUGCAGGCUUGCGUCCUACCCCUGCUCAGGCAACUGCAGUGAGCUGGAUAUUGAGAGAUGGUAUGCAGCAUGUCGGAAAGCUCAUAUGUAGCAACUUAGGUGCAAGGAUGGAUUCUGAGCCUAAACGUUGGAGAAUUUUAGCUGAUGUUCUGUAUGACUUUGGGACUGGUUUAGAAGUUAUGUCUCCUUUAUGCCCGCAUUUAUUUCUUGAAGUUGCUGGCCUUGGCAAUUUUGCAAAGGGAAUGGCAGUUGUUGCAGCUAGAGCAACAAGAUUGCCAAUAUAUUCUUCAUUUGCCAAAGAAGGCAAUCUUAGUGAUCUGUUUGCUAAAGGCGAGGCUAUAUCCACUCUUUUUAAUGUUCUCGGGCUUGGAACAGGAAUUCACUUAGCAUCCACUAUUUGUUCAUCAAUGCAGGGAAAGUUGGUUGUUGCACCGUUGCUGUCUGUUAUACACGUUUACAGUGUCUGUGAAGAAAUGCGAGCUGCUCCUGUCAACACAUUAAAUCCGCAGAGAACUGCAAUGAUCGUGGCUGAUUUUGUGAAGACUGGAAAAAUCUCAAGUCCUGCUGACUUAAGAUAUCGGGAAGAUCUCUUGUUUCCCGGAAGGCUGAUAGAGGAUGCUGGAAAGGUUAAGGUGGGAAGGUCCCUGCAUGAAGUAGUUAGGCCUUCAAAGCUGCAACAAUUUAAAGAAGCAUUUCCAGAAGAGAAGUUCCUUUUAAAUCAUGGAAGUAGAUGGACUGAUAUGAUCCUGGAGCACAAUGCAACCGGUGAAGAUGCAUUGAGGGGUUGGCUGGUUGCUGCUUAUGCUUCGGAUAUGGAACAAUUGGUUCAUGAACCAAGUGCAAAUAUCUUGCAAGAGGCUUAUGACAAAAUGAAUUCCACAUUCUCCCCAUUUUUAGCUGAGUUGCAAGCAAAAGGGUGGCAUACAGAUCGAUUUCUUGAUGGUACUGGAAAUCGCUUUGCAUUUUAGGUUUGUAAGAUCUCAAAUUCUUUGUACUUUGUUAUCCUUUCCUAGUUAUUAGAAUACAUGUAGGAGUUGGACAAAAACCUUUCAUCCUCCAACGGUAGAAUUUGAGAAUAGCAACUCCAUUUACUGCAAGCACGUCUCCAAUAUAUGUUACUUCAUUUGUUUC